GGGCGGGUAUCGAGCGUGUAGUAGUUUGUCGCCAUGGCGGUGAUCUUCACGUUGUGUCUCGUGCUCUGUGGAGCCCUCGGACACUUGGACGUCAAUGCGAAGAACAUUAGUGUUAACGUAUGGGAGUACGACGCCCCAUUUCUCCAUUAUGCAGCCUCCACAGCUGUCGACCGCAUGACGUUUGAAGUGCUCCAGUACAAUCUCUUCGGCAGACCGUACGAAGUCUCCAAGGACGGACAGAGCGAGCGACUGCAGCGAGUGCCCGAGUCGCUGCAUCGGAUUUCCGAGGCCAUCGACGUCGUGACGUUUGCUGAAGCAGACAUUCGCACGCAACGAGAUGCGAUGCUGGACCAGUUCCGGGUCUUUGGAUUCAACUAUUCCACGACGAUUCUACACGACCCAGACCCGUUCACGAGUCUAUUAAAUGGAGGAGUGAUGGUCGUGUCCAAGUGGCCAAUCAUUCGAGAGGCGCAGCAUGUGUAUCGCAAUGCUUGUCACUAUUCCGACUGUCUGGCUGCCAAAGGAGUCAAGUACGCGAGGCUGCUGAAAACAGUCGACGGAGCAUCCAAAAUCUUCAAUGUGUUUGCCACACACAUGCAGAUGCGCCGAUUCAUCGACGCGAUUGACAUCCCGCAUCACGAGCCGUUGAUCUUUGCAGGGGACUUCAAUGUGGACAACCACACGUUCGGAGACGAAGUGGCGCACUUGGUGGAGCUGCUCGGAGCCCACGAGCCUCGUCAGAUAGGCAAACAGUAUUUCACCAGCGAUCCGCACACGAACGUGCUGGUUGGACGCGACGGAGCUGCGAUCAGCAACAAGUGUUCUGCGCAGUAUGUUACGAACUGGGGCCCACCGAAGGAUGGGGUCUUUCACCCGUCACUUCUCACCCGAACAACCUGUGGGAUGCACAGUGAGAUCAACGAGUCGACGUGGCUUCUCUUCCUCGAGCCAGACACAAUGUGCUACUGCCCGUGCUGCCCAUUGGAGUGGCUCGACUACGUUCUUUACGGCAAAGCUCCUUAUCAACAACCAAGUACCGUGCCUACACUCGAAGCGCACGUAAACCAAGUCACACAUUUCACCGUCGACUGGACAGCUCCGCAAAGCAACAUGAAGAUGGCGCUAGUCGAUCUGUCCGACCACUACCCCGUACACGCAAAGUUCGAGUUCCCAGUGACUCGUGGGAAAGGGAAAGAUGACGAUCCCUUGACGUACCAUUUAGACGGCUGCUCAACGGAUGCGGACUGUCACUUCCGCAACUUCCGCUGCUACUGCAAUGGACCCAACUGCUUCUACAAAGGCAACUACACGAACGGGUGGGAACUCGACUCGGAACAUCCAGUCAACCACAAUUGUUUGUUCCAGAAAACCUCCUUCCGAUGUCUAUGCGGACCGACGUAGCCAUUUUCAGUACUAAAGCUCCUCCUCAGCUUGUCCUAAAGUAAAAUACACAAAUGCUGGUUCAAGUGCCA